UUGCAAACAACACUACCUAGCCAGCUAGCUUUUACUAUGGUGCCCAUGCGCACACUGCGCACAAAUUACGUUUUUAAGGUAGUGUAGCCUCUAUGAAAGAAAAUAUUUGUAUUCUAAUAUACUCUAAUACACCGUGUGAGAAGGCCCCGCCCAUUUGUAGAGGUAAACAAAGUCUAUCUUCGUCAAAUACCGUGAUAGUGCACGCAUACAUUAUCGUUAGCCAUCGUCAUCUUAGUUGGGUCGUCGCUUGUAAAUGGAAAUAAUUAUUAUUUCGCAAUGAAUUGCCGCUCUGAAGUGCUUGAAGUAACAGUGGAGGCGAGGCAGGUUGAAGAGGCUAUGCUGGCUUUGCUACAUACCAUUUUACUGCAUCGCAGCACGGGGAAAUUUCACUACAAAAAGGAGGGCACAUACUCCAUUGGUACAGUGGGCACACUCGACAUCGACUGCGAUUUCAUCGAUUUCACCUUUGUCAGAGUGUCCUCGGAGGAGCUGGACAGAGUGAUCAGGAAAGCUGUGUCUGAAUUUAAGGAUGCUUUGAGCAACUCUGGCAGCGAUGGCAUAGGGCAGAUCUCCCUGGAGUUUUACCAGAAGAAGAAGUCUCGCUGGCCUUUUUCUGACGAGUGUAUUCCCUGGGAAGUGUGGAGCAUCAAGGUCAACGUUGUCAACCUGGCCAAUGAGCAGGAGAGACAGAUCUGCAGGGAGAAAGUGGGUGAGAAGCUGGGCGAGAAGGUGAUCAAUGUUGUUGAAGUCAUAAACCGUCACGAAUAUCUGCCAAAGAUGCCCACCCAGUCUGAAGUGGACAACGUUUUUGACACCAGUCUCAAAGAUGUCCAGCCGUACCUGUACAAAAUCACAUUCCAGAUCACUGACUCUCUGGGCACCUCUGUAAGCACAACAAUGAGACGGCUGAUUAAAGACACCCUGGCACUGUGAGGCAUUCAAAGAGGGAGAGACAAAAAGAAAAUCUAGAUGAUUUUAUCCAUAACUCUGUCUGUAGUCAUGCCUGGCAACUCUUUAUGCUCAAGAACAUGAUUUGUCAGCUGCAUUCCUGGUACAAUGAAGCAGUGACAGUGUAAGCACCUGACUGGUAACUCUUUGAUGUGGUUCUGAUUUUGCCUGUAUCUUAAGAUUCUCACUGAUUAUGUAAUGUUUAUUUUAAAGAUAUUUUGUUUCAGCAAGCUUUGUUUUUCAGAUACUCCUGUCACAAUCUAGAAAUGCAACUUCACAGUAGCAAGUAACACCAUAUAGUCAAUUUGUGUUAAUAACUUCAAAUCUGUAAAUUAUUGUAAAUCUUUAAAUAAAUAUUGCUCAUUGUGACUGAUGGGAAGUAAAGUCAA